GCGAGGAAGGAGAAGGGAAAAAAGAAGAACCAGUUAUCUGUUAUCAGGAUCCGAAGUCCAAUGAAGAUCCACUGGCAUGGCCACGCAACUCAGCCCCCGAAAUUCGGAGGUGAACGCUCUUGAGCAGCGGGGCUAUCUUAUUAGCAAAAAGAUCGGACAGGGCUCGUAUGCGACCGUACACCUGGCCGAGUACGUGGACGGAACAAGCUCAAAGAAAUUGCGAUUAGCUUGUAAGAUAUUCGACAAAGAAAAAGCGCCGCUUGAUUUUCUCAACAAAUUCUUUCCCCGCGAACUCGAAAUCCUUACAAAAAUUGAAAAUCCGCACAUCAUCCAAGUGCACAGUAUAUUGCAGCGUGGACCAAGAGUUUUCAUAUUUAUGCGUUACGCGGACAAUGGCGACCUCUUGGACUUUGUCAAAAGGAACGGUGUCGUACCGGAACAACAAUCGAAACUUUGGUUCAGACAGAUGGCGUCCGGUCUGCACUACCUCCACGGGAAAAACAUCGCUCACCGUGAUCUCAAAUGCGAGAACAUUUUGUUAUCCAGGAAAUUUAACGUGAAGCUUGCGGAUUUUGGUUUCGCGAGAUUUUGCGUUGACCACGAAGGCAGACGUGUUCUUAGCGAGACCUAUUGUGGCUCUGCGGCAUACGCUGCACCGGAGGUUGUUUCUGGAACCCCUUAUAACCCGAAACUAGCCGACGUUUGGUCACUUGGAAUAAUCCUGUUCAUCAUGUUAAACGCCUCUAUGCCCUUUGACGACUCAAACCUGAAGAAACUAUUAAAGGAUCAGAUGUCGAGGAACUGGAUGUUUCGAUCGCGAGUGCGGGAAACGAUGUCCGCGUUGGCGAAAAGCAUUGUCAAACACAUCCUAGAACCAGACAUCACUUUGAGGUUAACUCUGGAAAGGGUUCUAAGCCACGAAUGGGUACGCACCAAAAAAGAAAAACCCGGAUCUCUUACUGGUCGAUUAGUACAUUCAGCACCGCCUAUUCACGCUCAGACUUGCGGAGGCGGAGGAAACUUGGUUGGCGCAGGGGCUGCAGGGGCUUGCAACGUACCCGUAGUACUAAGAGGUUUACCAUCGUAUAAGAAUUCCGAGAAUCAAAGUCACGGUAAUCCCAUAAAGUCUACGGAUAACGCAGGUAAAGAAACACAAUUGUCCGUCGUCGAGUGAUGAAACACAUAGGGCCGACAAGCAUGAACCAGCAUCGUUCGUGCGUCGA